CUAUCAGCGCACCACCUCACCUUCCCCCUCGCAACUCUUCCCAGCUCUCACUCGAAAAAAGGGUUCCGCCCCCUGGUGCCGCUGGGUUCUGAUCGGCUGCUCGCCUCUGCCAGGGUUCCUGUUUCUGGCCGGUCGCAUGUGGUGGGAACACGAGGGCUGGGCGCUGUGACAGCGGACGCUUUGAAAGUGACUAGCCAGGAAGAAAAGCCGCGGUGUUUUCCGGCAGACAUGAACAGAAAUUAACGUAAACAAGGGAACAGCCAACAAAGGCCGGGUGUCCGCGGCUCCCAGGGCUCCCGAUCCCGCUCCUUGCACACCCGUUCCAGCCCUGGGGGCACCUCUGUCGCCCUCCAGCCUCGGCACGGAUCAGCCCCGGUUCCUCGGACGAGCCGCGAUUUCAGCAUCGCCCUGCGAGGUCCGCAGGGAAGCAGCGGGCACGGAACGCACCAGUUCGGUUCUCACGAACGCUCCAAAGCGCUUCCCAGCUCCUCUUGUGGCAGCAUAAAGUCAAAUACUUGGGGGUAUAAACGGGCAGUGAUUCUGAGAAAUGGACAAGAGCAUUUUUCAGCCUUAUGAAGAUGAAAUCCAGGCACUGGAAGAAGAAAUUCAGCUGUUGACAGAAAAGUAUGCAGAUAUCCGCCAAGAGUCCACCUUCUUUUCUGAUGAGGAGAUACUGAAGUCAAUAAAAUCAUUCCAAAGAGAAACUCAGGAAGAAACCAAGGGAGAGGCAUCUCCAUCAGAACUGAAAGCUCAGCUUGAAAGUCUAGAAACAGAUCUCUCAUUUUUAAUGAAAUUUACUGGGUUUAAUUUCACAAGUCAUUCCAAGAAAACACUGGAAAAAACUAGAAACAGGACGGUGCAGAAGCACAGAUUAGCAGGGAAGUGUCACUCCCUGUCUUUUCAACUGGAAUUCCAACUUCUUGAAAUGCAGGACAACGAGGAGGUGUCUGCUGUUGUUAGUGAUCUCAGCAUUAUAAUGGAAUCCAGAGAAGAUUCAAAUGUGAGCAAGUUUGUGUCAAGCUCUGAAGAACGUGGAGAUCUUCUAACAUUCUUUAGAAGCCUUUCAACCUAUGCUGAGUGGUAUGAGCAUCGUAGACGCACCUUCCUGCAUUUCAAGGCCAAGUAUCCUGAUGUGGUGACCCUUCCAGAAGGACUUUGGGGAGAUUUUAUCAUUCUAAGGAACCCCAAAGUUUCUGGGUUUGAGUUGAUGAUUGUCUGGAAGAUCCAUCUCAAUGAAGAAGGGACCACUACACCUGUCCUGGACCUGCUGCCCAAAGUACCAGAGCAAGUGCUGGAGAAGAGGACGAGCAGUGUGGAGAGCAUCCCCGGCAGCUUCCGCAGCGCGCUGCGGCUCUUCGGCAUCGAGGCAGCCAUCGAGAACCUGAUCAAAGUGCUGGCCUCAGAAACAUGACUUACUUACAUCAGGUAGCAAUUUCAAAAGUAGUUUUAAUUAAGAUAUUGUGUUACACAGUCUGUAAUUUUAUUGAAUAUAAACAUUAAGUUAUUUUCCAUUUAGAAACCAUACUCAUAAAACAUGCUAUCUGUACAAUUAUGGCACGUUAUAUAUAAAUUGUCAUGACAUGAAAAUAAAUACAGCCAUUUAAAUACAAAAAUGCCAAAUAAAAUAGUUACAUGUA